AUGGCACCAGUACCUUUAGAGGGUCAUCAAACUCCUGUUACAAACAACAUACCACAGGAGGGUAAUCGUGGAGGAUCUAUUUCGUUAGGCAUGCUCAUAGAUUUCAUAAUACAACGAACAUAUCAUGAGCUUACUGUUCUUGCUGAACUCUUGCCACGUAAGACAGACAUGGAACGUAAAAUUGAAAUUUAUAAUUUUUCUGCACGCACCAGACAGUUAUACGUCCGUUUAUUAGCACUGGUGAAAUGGGCAAAUAGCGCUUCGAAAGUGGAUAAAUCUACACACAUUAUGGCAUUUCUGGACAAGCAGUCACUGCUUUUCGUGGAUACUGCGGACAUGCUGGCACGAAUGGCUCGUGAAACUUUGGUACACGCUAGACUCCCAAAUUUUCAUAUUCCCGCAGCUGUAGAAGUACUUACCACUGGAACGUAUGGCAGAUUGCCUGCCUGCAUUCGAGAAAGAAUAGUGCCACCGGAUCCUAUUACUACCACAGAAAAGAGAACUACACUGCAGAGAUUGAAUCAAGUGAUUCAGCACAGAUUAGUUACCGGGAAUUUGCUGCCGCAGAUGCGUAAUUUAAAGAUUGAAGCGGGAAGAGUAACGUUCCUUGUCGAGCAAGAAUUUUCAGUGUCUCUGACGGUUAUGGGUGAUGGAGGAACAGUGCCGUGGAGAUUGCUGGAACUGGAGAUAUUAGUUUCGGAUAGGGAGACCGGAGAUGGAAAAGCAUUGGUGCAUCCAUUGCAAACUCGAUACGUACAUCAGGUUGUUCAAACACGGUUGGCUGAAAGUACCAAUCCAUUGUCGGAAGUAUAUCACAUUUUGCAUUACUUCUGCCAGUCGUUACAGCUGGAAGUUUUGUAUUCUCAAACUUUACGAUUGAUUCGGGACAGAUUGGACGAUCAUAUUCACGUAGAUGAAUAUACACGCGGCAAAUGUCUCUCUAUAUCUUAUUGGAGGGAAUUAACGAGCAAAGAUCCACGAUCGGAGCUUGGAUACAAAUUGACCAUUCAGGUAGACCAGCAUGAUCCUGCGAGGCCUCUUGCAGUCGUGCAUAUUCCAUCGUUGGGUAAUAAGGAAAACGAAAUAGCGCACAGAGCUAUCAGAUCGGAUCAGUUGUCAAUGGAAUGUUUACUAGUGCACACAAUUUAUAUUCGCACGCGAAACCGUUUAUCUGAACUGAAGCAAGAAUUGCAAACGAUGUUGAAGGACGUUGAAUGCACUUUAGCAGGAUCCCCAGCUAUUCUGUCAGUGCCAAUAUUACAACCGUGCUUGCGAGCUGAGCUUCUAUUAGUUACGGUCGACACUCACACUGGUAUGUUGCAAUGCCACGUCCCUCAAUAUGAUGCGCCUCUCGUGCCGGAAUUAACAGUGGCGUUGAACGGGGACCACUCGCGUCUCUCGACACUCAUAUCCGAGUUGAGGUUUUGGAUAACGCAGAGACGUUGCGAGAAAACGCUGCAACAUUUACCGGCUACUGCUCACGAACGUUUACCCGUCCUACACCAUCCGGACCAUCCUAUGUCCAAGAUCAGUAGACACCGAAUAUUCGUGCAAUUGCAUCGACAUCCCACAGUCAUACUGAUUGUCGCGUUCAAAGAAAAAGAGAGCUCGCCGUGCGAGAUAGAGUGCUCCUUCUAUCUCGCCGUGGUGAAGCAUAGCUCCAUCGAAGAUGAUCCACAUGACGAUAGCAUAGAAACGGAAAUACCGAAAAUGUACUUGAAGGUCCAGAGUCUUAUUGAAUUUGACACUUUCGUCAUUACCCACGGCCCGUUUACAAGUGUCGAUAGUGGGAAUAAUGAUCAAGAUAAAGGGUGCAUUACAGAAGUGGUGGAGACGGCGAACAACAAACGUAAAAGCACUGGGAUUGGAGGAAGGACUGACGCGACAGGAACGUCGCAGAACAGGAGGCCGAAACAUCCGGCGUAUUUUAUCCCAGAAUUAGCGCACGUCGUCGCGUUGUGCGAUGAACGGAUACCCUUCGUAACCCUAGCUCAAGAACUUACUAGAAGAGAGAUAGCCCAUCAAGGGCUUCAAGUAGAAGCAAAUGCCACAGCAUUAGUACUGAAACUUGUUCAAUUACCUGCGCCAAUACCCAGUAUUGCUACGAGCAGUGCUUGGCACGCUCUUCUUAAAAGACUCUUGAGCGUCUCGAUUAGAGUUCAAGGCAAAGGUAUGGCUAAAACUUGGACGGUGGAAUUCGUAUUUUAUGGUAGUCCUCUCUCUAGCAGUCAUCCCAAAGAACAAGGUUUGCGAAGGCCAGUUUAUUUUCAGUAUGAAAUGGGAACAUCCGACACUGUCUCCCGCACUGUAGACGCCUUACUAAACGACUGGGCACAAAUAGUCCAUUUGUACAUGAUCGUUCACGAUCUAGCUGAAUAUUUAAAAAUGGAGAAAUAUAAUUUACGUAACAUGGUUAGCAUCAAGUCUUACAGUUAUAGCAAGUUAGUUCUUGCGUACGGAGAGAAUCAAGUUGCAACAGUGACUGUACAAUGGAGCACAAACGAUAAAGCGUUCAGACUGCUGUUUGGUAGAAGUCCCGCAAACAUAGUAACCAAUCCACAUUCUAUAAUGAAGGAACAGCUGGAAGCUCAUUUGAACAGGCACACAAAUUUGGCACAAAUUAUUCACAUACUCAACGAAACUCUACCGCCACUUAUGUCGAUUAGCAAAUUACCAAUAAUCCCACAAUUAUGCGUGCACGCGAGACCGCGAGUGCCAGUACAGACGUUCACUAUAAUGCCACAGUGCGUGACUUUAGUAAGAAUAGCGUAUCAGGGAAUGUACUGCUUGGAAUUACGUUUGCGCGGCGGCGGUUUGGUGAGCCUACGUGACGGCGCUUACAGUCGUUUCGAUCGAAGUAACGUCGUUGACGAAUUCACACCCACGCAAGGUCUGAAGGGAUUUUUGUCAAAAUAUGUGGACGAAAACGCUGUGUGCCGACGGAGAUCUCAGUCGGAAGACGAUAAUCCACCAUCGCCCGUCACGAUGGACAGCGAUGGCAGUAGCGGUAACGUGGGUUUCCUGAGUCACCAUAGAAGCGGGCCGCAAUCGCCCGCGCAGCAGCGCGAAGGUCUGAGAUUCCACCCGCCACUCACGCCACCGUCUGGCAGCAAUCCUCACACACCGGCCAGUCCGCAUACCGCGAAUAUAUCGCAAGCUAGUCAACAUCAGAGCUUCGGGAGCAGUCCUGCAACUUCCUUUAAUUUAGCAUCUCCGCCAUCGUUACCACCAAAUACACCGAACAUGCUGCCACACCCGUCUCCUGGUUCGGGACUCGUGGCGAAUAGUCCUUUGAAUCCGAUGCACGUUCCUAGUCCGGCUGGUCUCAUGCCCACAUCAUCACCUGGACCCUGCAGUAAUGUUCAAGUGGGACACUCUCCUGCUGGCUCAUUCAUGCAAACAGGUCACAUCGAUGGCAGUCCUUUCCCAUCCUCCCAAAGUAUGGCUUCUCCGGCCGCUUCCAAUUGGCCCGGAUCUCCAAGCGUACCAAGACCGUCCCCUGCGAGGCCCGGGCAAAAUCCGAGUCACGCGGCGCUGCACAGUCCGCAAGCUUCCGAUCACAAGACCGUCACUCACAUAUCUAGAGUAUUGCCGCCGAGAUCUUGGGCAGGCGCUGUGCCGACGCUUCUCACCAACGAAGCGCUCGAUUUGCUGUGCUCCCCCUCGGCUCAUCCAUCUCUGUCUAACUUAGCGGGUCUCAACUUACCGGGAAUGUCACCGCUCGAGAGAUUUUUAGGCUGCGUCUACAUGCGACGACAAUUGCAGCGUUUCAUUCAAACGGACGACUGCUUAACCAGCAUCAACAGUACUGAACCCGGCGUGGUGCAUUUUAAAGUCGAGAGCUUGCAGUGUCGAGUGGGGCUAAAUCAACAACAUAUGCAAUCUCUUCACAUCAAGGUUCAACCAGUUCCAGAAUAUAAGGAUCAAUGGACCAUAGAAGAAUUACAGAUCAUAGAAAAGUUCUUCGACACGCGAGUAGCUGCCCCGCCCUACAAGCAUAACACGCUGUCUGGGUUUGGAAGGAUGCUCAACGUACGCUUCAAAGUAUUAAAAGAUUUCGUGCAGAUAAUGAAGCUCGAGCUGGUACCCGGGUUCGUGCAGCAACUGCAGCUGAAGUGGUCGGUACAGUUGUGCUUGCGCAUCCCGCCUUCCGCCGGACCGAUCGUGCCGCCUGGCACGGAAGGCGUGCACGUUUGCAGAAGCAAGAUCUUGUUUUUCCUACAAAUAACGAGGGCGGCUCUACAAUUUCAAGGCGAAAUGCCAUCCUUGGUAUUACCGUUCGUCUACGACGUCACGACGAAUCUGACGCAGCUAGCGGAGAGGAGAGAUCUCAGUCCGCCUCCCCCAGCGAUCACGGCAGCCUCCAUGCAACUGAAGAGAUUCGCCGAGUACGGCGCGAACCAGUCGGAAUGCUCGUUGUUCCCCGCCGUGAGGGAUCUCCUCGCCAACUUCACGUUACCGUCAGAACCGCCAGUUAUAUCGCAGGUCGUGGCGUCCCCCGCGGGAGGUCAGGUAACGCCCACGCAGCAGCAGAUCCAGAACACGGCAAUGCAGAUGCAUUCGCCCAUGGCCGGUGGUCAAGGACCGCCGCAGGGACCGUACGGUAUGCAGGGCAUGCCACCGAUGGGUAUGAUGGGCGGCCCACCUCAAUAGGACUUGCUUUACUCUCCUAAUCCCCUCUGUCUACCGGGUCAUCCAACGUAUAUGAAUUAAGAAUGCAAACUUCGAGAUUCAACUUGCGAGAUCCGAUUAUGUCAACAUGCAGAUUUAUAUGGGGUACCAUAGGAGAGAAAGAAAGAUCGUCAUCUUCGACUCGACAAAAAUAAAGAUGAAUACUUCGAAGAAAGAAAUCUUCGCAGUACCGUCCUGUACGUAAUGAUCUCAUUCAUACGUACGAGGCUUUAAUGUUGCAGAUACACGUGGUUUAUAUAGACUUGAUCUGCUAAAACAUGGAAAAACGAAAAUGUAUAAAUUAUUAUAUUAUAGGGUAAUUAAAUGUUUAAGAUGUCAUAUGACUGUAGUGUACUCGCUACGACUCUCGUCAGCGUUUAGACACUCUAUUUAAGAUUUGCAUACAUAAGUAUAGUACAAAUUUGUUAUUCAGAUAACUAUCUUUUUGUAAUGUAUAAACAAUUUAGCAUUAAUAUGAGACGGCAGUGUGAAUACAGUAUGAAUAAAUGAGAUUUAUAGCAUUGCAAAUAACACAUAUUAAUCACAAAAAUGCGAAUGUAAAAAUACUUGUAAGUAUAUUAUUAACAUAACAUAGAUUACAUGAAUAAACGUUUGUAAGAUAUAUGUAUCCAGGAUGAAUUUAUAUAUUAUGCCUUUAAGUGUAGAAUGUAAGCUAAAAUUCUAUAAAUAUCAGAUAUAUAAUAUAUACAAUAAAAACAUGUUCCAAAUAUCGUAAUGUUUGUAAAGACGUGACCAGUUAUAAACAAUCUUAUGUCUCUACCUGUCUUUGACGAUCUUGAUCUUAAUGAUAUUAUUUUAAUUCUUGAAUUUUUAUCGCUGCUGGAAAAUGGAUUGGUAGCAUGGCAAAGAAGUCUCGCGUUACACAUUUUGUCUGACUUAUGAAUAAUAUAAAAGUUUUAUUUUGGUUUUUUGUGUGUACAGCUUUUUUUACAAAAAGAAACAUGUAAUACUCUUAACAAAUCAAUCGUACUAUAUUCUUAAUAUAUGCAAUUAUACAAUACUCAUAAUUGUAAUAAUAAUAAACAUUGGAAUACAACUAUAUAAUUGAUAAUCGCAUCUCAAAUAUAUAUAUAUACACUUUUAGGUCAGGUAUCAGUCUCUGUAUGUAAAAUUUGAAUACAUUUUGAUACACCUAUUACAUGAUACUUCUUCACUGCAUCAAAACGAAAAAGAAAAAUAUCUAUUAGAAAUCUUAAACUCUCUGAACUUAAACUAAGCGAUAUCAUGUAUUCUUGGCCACGUUUAUUUCUCCUUUUUUUUUUGUUGUUUGUUCGUAAUCUUAUAUCAUUAUAACA